AUGCGUCUGCUGGAAACGCGGACAGGUGAAUUCCUCGUGGUCAACAACCCAGAGGAAUUCCGGUACGCGAUCCUUUCUCAUGUCUGGGCCGUCGAAGGGGAGCAGACAUACGACGACCUGUUGAAGAUUCAAACAGACGUCCACGCUGCACGAGCCUCCGGUGUCUAUCUUCCUCGCAACGAAGUCCUCCUCAGGGCCUCUCCCAAGAUCCGAAACGCUUGUGCGUACGCCCUCUCCGAAGGCUUCGGGUACCUCUGGAUAGACACGUGCUGCAUCAAUCAAUCAAGCAGUACGGAACUCUCUGAGGCGAUCAACUCCAUGUAUCAGUGGUACGGCCAGUCUAUCGUCUGCUACGCCUUCCUCGAUGAUGUCACCAGCGAAGAAGACCCCAGCCUGUCCGGUUCGCAGUUCCGCAACAGUCGUUGGUUUACGCGUGGCUGGACACUACAGGAGCUGAUCGCGCCGCGGAUCGUCAUUUUCAUCUCUGCCGAGUGGGACAUGCUGGGCAGCAAAGAUGGACUCUCCACCGUGGUCAAAGAAGUCACCGGCGUCGAUCAGGCCGUCCUCGUGCAUCGUCUGCCAAUCCAAUCCGUCAGCGUGGCCCGCAGGAUGUCCUGGGCAGCAAAGCGCUUCACGACGCGGAAGGAGGACGAAGCGUACUCGCUCAUGGGCAUCUUCGGGGUCAACAUGUCGACUAUCUACGGUGAGGGCCGACUCGCGUUUAUCCGGCUGCAGGAGGAAAUCCUGAGGCUCGUCCCUGAUCAAAGUCUCUUUGCCUGG